CGGGCCUGCUGCAGCCAGUCCUGCAGCCUCGGGAUGGAGAAAAAGAAAAUAUUGAUGAAAUCCAAAGUUGCUUCUUCCAACCUCCUGAGUGCUUUGCAUUCCUUGUAUCAAUUUGGCCACUUCUGUGAUGUAACAGUCCACACGGUGCACCUCGGGAUCCAGGAAGAGUUUCCCGUUCACAAGGCGGUCCUGGCUGCCUCAAGCAACUACUUCAAGGGCCUCUUUCUCAGAGACGAGAUGACGGACGUUAAAAGGCGGACCGUUGUUUUGGAUGAUAUCUACACAGAAGAGUUCACCUCCUUUCUGGAAUUCGUGUACACCGCCAAGAUGGAGAUUGAGCCGGAGAAACUGCAGCGGAUGCGGGAGGUGGCUGAGAGACUGGAAUGCAAGGAUCUUCUUGACAUUUGCGAAGAGGUGAAGGCAGAAGGUGAAAUGGGAGGCCUGGAUCUAAGUGUGCACUGGAAAACUCAGGUGUGUGAAAGUGGGGCCCCCUGGGCCCGUCACCCCCAGUCCGAGCUGGCCCGGGGGAGCGGUUCUGCCCCUGUCGUCGUGACGCCCGUGAAGAGGCAGCUGUGGGAGGGGCGGAAACGUGGGCCGGUGAUAUCCGGCGGCAAGCCCCGCGAAGGCCAGGCGGGGGGCCCCGACCGAGCCGACCCGGUCGGCACGGACGGGAAGACCGGGAGGACCCGGGGAGUCCAAACGGGCCCAGCCCAGAGCGGCUCCCCACGGGCUGCCAGCUUGCCGGAGAAGAGCGGUCCCCUCCCCCGGCUUCGCCCCGGGGCGGACCCCGGAGAAACCCGGUUAGUCAUCAGAAAGGUGCGGUCAGGCCAGGAGGGCUACGAGACCCUAGGCGUGGCCCGUGGCCCCGGACCCCUGCCCGGCGCCUCCCCGGCCCCGUCAGAGACCUACGCCUGUGAAAAGUGCAACCGGCCCUUUCAUUUUGUCAAAUCGUACCAGGCACACAUGGAGGCGGAGCACGGGAUCCACGUGGUCGUCCAGUACAGCUGCAAUCUGUGCCUCCAGCUCUUCUCCAACAGGCAGAACCUCCGGCAGCAUCGGCUCACCGUCCACAGCGACCAGCGGCGCUUCCCUUGCGCCGUCUGUGACAAGAGGUUCAAGCGCCGGAAGGACAUCAACGACCACGUCCGCAGGGUACACGAGAAGAAAAGGACCCCGCAGGCUUGCCCCUACUGCGACAAGCUCAUCAGCUCCAAGUGCGGUCUGACGGUCCACAUCCGGACCCACACGGGCGAGAAGCCCUAUAAAUGUGGAGACUGCCCCGCCUGCUUUGCCCAGCGAUCUGCCUACAACACCCACGUGAGAAAAAUCCAUGAAUCCGGACAAGACAGGAAACCUGUGCCAGUCUACUGGAUGGUGGUACCACCUCCAGACAGAUCGGAGAGCACUGACUAUGAAAUCGCCGUCACCAAAGAAACGUGGGCUCAGACGUCAGACACCAAGUUGCGGACAGAGAAGUUGCAAACAGAGACAGGAGACAAAGACAACUUGGACUAUGAAGAGGAAGCCGGCAAUUUGUCCAUUACCAAAAUUGGCUGUAGGCGCGACGGAAAAGACCAAAAGGACAAAGAUGAUGACGAUGAAAUGGAAGCCAGUCGAGAAGAGGGAGGCAAUGAUGAAGACCAAGGAACGAGUGUGAAGGGUGAAGAGGAGGGCGACUAUGACAUACGAUAUCCGGAAUCUGAGCCGGAGGACAGCCAGGAGAAAGAGGAGGUUUGCACGGAUGAUGGCUCGUCAAAUGAGAAAGAGACAGAAGAUAAUGAAUCGGACGAAGACUUUAAAGGAAAGACGGUACCCGAGAUGGAAGAAGCAAAAAAGUCAACUUACGUGAUAACCUGCGAUAAGUGUGACCAGCAGUUCGUCUCCCGGAAAAAAUACGUAGAUCACUGCAAGGAUGUGCAUCAGUCUCUCCCUGGGAAAGUGUACCAGUGCGAGAUCUGCAGCAAGUCAUUCGCCAGCUACAACAGCUGGAAGGAACAUCGGGCCUGUGUGCACACGGAAGAGAGGCAGUUUGCCUGCACCCUCUGUAAUGCCACCUUCAAGCGAAAGCGAGAUGUCAGGACGCACUACGUGCGGAAGCACGAGGGACGAGUCAAACGGCCCCUCUGUUCUGUCUGCGGAAAGAUUUUGAGCUCUAGGACAGCACUGGUAUUUCAUAUGAGGACGCACACUGGAGAGAAACCUUAUGAAUGUGGAGUUUGUCACUCCAAAUUUGCCCAACCCUCCCAACUUAAGAUUCAUACCAGGUCUCAUACCGGAGAAAAGCCAUAUAUUUGUGAAGACUGCGGGGCCUGCUUUGCAGAUAAAGGCAAAUUAACAGGUCACAAGAGGACUCACACGGGAGAACGCCUCUUUAAAUGUGAUGUAUGUGGAAAACAUUUCGCCACCAAUGAAUAUCUAAAAUGCCACAAGCGGUGUCAUCUAGGAGCCAAGCCAUAUAAGUGUGAUGUGUGUGGGAAGACAUUUGGACUGAGAGCCUCUUUAGCCCAACAUAGCAAUGUCCAUGCAGAGACUCGCCCCUAUUUUUGUGAGCAGUGUGGGAAGACAUUCACACAGCAAGGAGCCCUGAGACGGCACCAGCGAAUUCACACAGGAGAAAAACCAUACAAGUGCCGGGCUUGUGAGCGAACCUUUACGGACAUGUCUACGCUGAGGAGACACGUGUCGGUUCAUGACCGGACUGCACACUGGAGGAGUUUUUUGAUAGACCUCACGACCAAGAAAGACCAUAACUGGUCAAAAAUUGAAACCUUAACAGACGUGUGUACAAGCGAGGAACCCAUGCCUGAAAUCUGGUCGGUAGACCAAGGUAGACUUUAUAAGCCAGAAAACGCAGUUGUCAAAACAGCUGAAGCUAGGGCCCCUAACCAUGUUUCCCAUCCCAAUGACCCCCCUCUGGUUUUCUUGUAAUGCAAAAAUCCUGAAAAUAAAGCACAAUCUCUUGAUGAAAAAUGAAUUUACACAAUUUGAAAUCAAAGUUCCAUUCUAAAACUUCAGUAAGGCAUCUGUUGGAGAUAGUAUCAUCCCCAGAGAUCAGUUUUGGGAACAGAUUUUAGUCUCUGGUCCUCUUUACAGUUUGAAUUUAUUACAUUAACCAACAACAAUCCUUGUUUAUUAAACUAUAUGUACUAAUUCUAUAAACUACUGUCCUUAUGCUUAUACUUCUACUCUGUUAAGUUUUAGGAAUGAAGAGCUCUGCUGGAUCAAUUACCCAAGACUAAUUUAUUUGUACAUAUUUUCUUGGCGAUUGUUAUCUAGAAACCUGAUAAAUCCAGAAACAGGAACUGGUACCAUAUAGUGCUAGAGUUUGAAACUUUUCCUAAUUACAAAUAUAAGUAUGCACUAUAUUUCACAACUCUGUGUCAUACCUUUAUUCAUACUGGUUGGUUUAUAUCGUGCAAAUGUAACCUAUUGAAGCAUUUUAACUACAUUAAGCACAGACCUUUACUCAUGCUAUUUGGUUUAUAUCUUGCAAUUGUAACCUAUUUAAACAUUUUAACUACGUUAACUGCAGAGUAGCCUAUGGAUAGUCAAUCAGUGGUAUUUAUUGAGUGCUUAUUGUGUGCAGAGCACUGUACUAAGCACUUACAUGUCACUGGUUUGGACCAAGGCUGUCCCUCCUCCCCUUGCUUCCUUCCUUGCCCCUCUAGGGUGCCUGCAUUGGGCCCCAUUGCCCUUCUCAGAGCUUGGCCCAGCUUUGUCAAUCACGAAAGCUGCGGGAGGUGGGAAGGAAGAAGGGAGGAACGAGAGCAAGGUGGUUAGGCAAGAUGGAGGUGUUCUGAGCCGUCGCAGACUGGGGGAAUGUUCUCCCUGGGCCUUGGGGCUCGGAACCACCCAAGGCAAUUGGUGCCGGCCAGUUGGCAAGUCCAGGUUCCUUUUCUGCUGCCUCCAAUCUGCCAUUUGCCCACUUGGGAUAGCCUCGAAUAUGGUGGCACUCCUGACUCUGACACCCAUGCUUUAACAGAUUCUUUAUGUAGCAUUCAAUCAAUGGUAUUUAUCCAUUGCUUACUAUGUACAGAGCACUGGACUAAGUCCAUAAAUGAUUUCCAACUUUGAAGUAAUGGAGAACCAUAUUGAUAAGGAAGGGAGACUCAAAGCUCUUAUUGAUUAAAAAAAAAAGUACUUUCCAGACACUUAAUUUCCCUUCUGCUGUCAGGCAAUAAACACAUUAUAUUGUUCAGA